GGAUGGUAAAAUUAUUCUCAUUUUUUAUGGAUACAAAAACUCCCUUUAACAUAUUUAUACAUCUGAAUCUAAGAGCCUCUCUCCUUAAGUUCGGGAACAUCCAAAACUGAGGCAUCAGGGUGCUCUGCCUGUAUCCUGCGUGGGACAGAAUGAAAUAAAUUUGACAUUAACUAAUUUUAGCCUCUAUGCAAUUUUGGGGUCACAACAGGCUAUUAGUUCUUCUGGUAUUUUUAAAAAAGAAGUUAGCUUUUAUUCAUCAGAGUGCCGGAUCCCUUUGUGCAGUGAUUUAGAUGGUGAGGUAAGCUUGCUAAUUAAUGUACCUUUUAAAGGACCUUCCCAAGCAGCAAAGAAAAUUAAGUUCUGGAAGGAAUUUGGUCCAACAGCCAGUCAUAUGCCAUUCUUUAUAGCAUGCGCAGCCAACAUGGAGGGGGGAAUGUAUGUGGAAAAAGACAGUUAAGCGAUUUAUUUUUAAGCACUACAUAUUUAUUGACAGAAUCUCUCUCCAGGCGGUAUUCACAUGCUUCGAACUGAAGCUUUUAACUUGGCAGUGCCGUUUAAGCAAACAAACUCAGUCAGUUGAGUGCAAUGAUUAACAGGAAGCCGGGGAGCUGACACAGUUACCAGCCUUUGGCUGGGAGAAGAAGCUGGGAUUGAAGUUCCAGAGCAAAGACUUGCAGAAUGGUCACCGCACCCACCAGUGAUUUCACUGUGCCGACAGGUGGACCCACUGGAGCCAGAACCUUCCUGAGGCAACUUGCUUUCGUGUAGAAACAGGUGACAGAUUAGCAGGAGACAGGACAGAGCGAACACAAAGGAGCUACUUCAGAAAUGUGUCAACGAAAAGUGAAAAUGCAACAUAGCAGUAAAUGAAAAGGCAAGGAAGAAAGAAAAAGGACAAGAACUGUCACCCGGGAGGGCACAGGACAGCCGAUCAGAUCUGCAUCUAUCGAGAGGAUGAUUUUGGAUGCUGGAGAAAAUGUAAGUUAAAUCUAUCCACACUCCGAUCAUACUUCAGGAGACAUUUUACUCAUUUCCUGGUUUUGAAUGAUGGGUUCUUGGAAGCACUGUCUUUUCAGCGUGUCUCUUAUUACUGCUCUGAUUUUUGUCUUUGUUUACAAUAGUGAGUUAUGGGAGAAUAAACGUUUUCUGAGGGCAGCUCUGUCCAAUGCUUCCCUAUUAGCAGAAGCCUGUCAUCAAAUUUUUAAGGGGAAGGUUUUUUACUCAACAGAAAAUGGAUUGAAAACUACUCUCGAUGAAUCUACCUGUUAUGAGUACAUGGUUCAAAGUCAUUAUAUAACAGAAACACUCUCUGAAGAAGAGGCUGCAUUUCCUUUGGCUUACACAGUGACCAUCCACAAAGACUUCGGCACUUUUGAGAGGCUCUUUAGGGCAAUUUAUAUGCCCCAAAAUGUCUACUGUGUGCACCUGGAUAAGAAGGCAAUGGAUGCAUUUAAAGAUGCAGUGAAACAAUUGCUGAGCUGCUUCCCAAAUGCUUUUCUGGCUUCCAAGAUGGAGCCAGUUGUCUACGGUGGAAUUUCCAGGCUCCAGGCCGACCUGAACUGCCUGCAAGACCUCGUGGCCUCCGAGGUUCCCUGGAAGUACGCCAUCAACACCUGUGGGCAAGACUUCCCCCUGAAAACCAACAGGGAAAUUGUUCAGUAUCUGAAAGGAUUUAAAGGGAAAAAUAUUACCCCAGGGGUGCUGCCCCCUGAUCACGCAAUUGGACGGACUAAAUAUGUCCACCGAGAAUUAUUAGACAACAGAAACUCCUAUGUGCUUAAAACAACAAAAUUAAAAAGUCCUCCUCCUCACAAUAUGACCAUUUACUUUGGCACCGCCUAUGUGGCUCUCACAAGGGAGUUUGCCAACUUUGUCCUCCAAGACCAGCAGGCACUUGACUUACUCUCCUGGUCCAAGGACACCUACAGCCCCGACGAACACUUCUGGGUAACACUCAAUAGGAUUCCUGGUGCCAACAAAUGCAGUUGACCCUUGAAUGAUGCAGAGGUUAGAGGAACUGACCCUCCACACAAUUGAAAAAAUCUGUGUAUAACUUUUGACUCCCCCAAAACGUAACUACUAAUAGCCCACUGUUGAUGGGAAGCCUCACCAAUAACAUCAAC